AAUGCGAGCUGUAUUGAGCCUCGCAGUUCAGUGCCUGCAUUCCUCUCUUCGUCAAAGCCUGCUUUAAAGAAAGAAAAAAAAUCAUAAAUAAUAACUCAUGCGGACUGGACUAAACCAUAAAGAGAGUCGACUGGAUUUAUGACAGAACUCGUGUCCAACGGAAAUAUAUGCGCAGGAGAAUUUGUGAAGCAUUUUGAUUAUUUUCGUUUUUAUUUUUUAUAAACAGAAAGCAAGCGAGAGGAGGUUGAAAAAUAAACAUAAACGGCGCUUUUUACCCAUUUAAAAAGAAAACAAAAUGGCUGAUGACAGCAACCGAUAACAAGGGCAAAACGACGCUGUCCCCUUUAAGAGCAAAAAAAGGUACCAAUUAUUUUUUAUACAAGUUAAACAUCAAAAUUGGACACUUCGUUUCCUGGCUAUUGUUUGUAACUGUACAGUCGGAAAGGUGUAUUCCUAGGAGAGGAAUGGUGGUAAAAUAGUAAAUCACUGUCUCCUGGAGAAUUAUUUCGCGUAGUUAAAUUAAGACAGAUAGGUAAUUGUGUCAGCUAGGUGAGGUGCGAACUAGCUGCCAGACCAGAGCCGAAGGGGGCCGAACAGAGGAAAAGAACGUAGCUUAUCUGUGCUGUUAAUAGGUUUUCUUGAUCACGGUAUCAGGAGCUGUGUUCAUUUACUUAUACACAUUAUCUGCCUGUCGAGCUAGCGUCAUUAAAAGCAGCGUUUAACCAGGUCCAUUUCCUUUUAUGCUGGGAGGGAAUUAAAAUGUCUAGAAAUGAAUAGAUAAUGCUGUAUGUUAUAGACUAUCGACUUACGAUGAAUAUAUUCUAAAUGUUUAUUUUUGGAAAUCAAAUACUUUUAUAAAAUCAUGUUAACUCACAAUAAGUAAAGAAAUGGCAGAGGCCUUGUGUACAGAUCGAUUUUUUAUGUGAUCGGAUAUUUUAAUAGCUAGGUUACGUUGUUUUAAAACAUAGCUGUACUGUUGCUAGUUAUUUCUGGGAAUCGAGCCCGACUGAUGCUGCUACGUGAUACAUGAUUUAAGGGCUAAGGGUAGUUUUCUAAGGUCAUACGUUUCCGAUUAUACCUAAAAAGAUCUGUUUUUGUUUUGUUUUUGUUAGAUAACAAGCAGUCGCAAGCGUAUUCGCGUCUAGAGAGAUUAACUUCAAAAUAGGCCCACCUAUAAAAAGUAAAAACAACUCUGACAAUAAAUAACUAUGCAUUUUGUUACAAUGUGCCGGUUUUCUUCCCAGCAUUGUUGUAAAUAAGAAUGACAGGGAUCACUGAUACAUAGUUACGCGCUGAGCCAGGGAAAAUGUGGGGGUUGGUGUCAUCAGCAUUCAUGUAGCUACGGUUAAUUCCUAUUCGUUUGCGCUGAACGUAAUUGUUGCAUCGUAAUGAGCUAAUUCUAGAUUAUUCUGAAUUCCAUUACUGUUUCGUCGACGAAGAUUUUAGAUUUACUUUGAUGUUGUUGGUUCUAUACGAGGUGUCGACAUCCUGGGAAACCCAUCGUUCGGGAAAAGGGAGGCAACUAGCUGGCAAGCUACGUCCUUUUUCCGAAAUCGGAUCUCGAAAUUUGGAAUGUUCGUUUUCAUCAGAGAUUUAGCCUAAUCUGUACGGAUUUUAAAACCAACGAGUAUUUUGAUGUGCUCCUUUUCGUCAGUUAUUGUGCCUUUGCUAGCACAAAUGUAGCUUAAAAAGCUGCUUGGAUGCCUGCGCAGCAUUGUACUUCGUCACAGUUGGGGAUUCAUUGGAGAAAAAUUUAGUAGCCUCGCAAAAGCUUUUGAUCUGGGUUGAAGAGCUAGGCUACGUCUCUCGUUAGUGUACAGUAGCCUACAACAGGGCGAAAGACUCGUUUAUUAAAGCACAUCAAUUAAUAUUAGACAUCAAAUCGAAGUCGGUUGGUUUUGUUUUCUGCUGUGGAAUUUGAUUCCUCCGACCUCAAGAGUGGAAGAAGCGCCCCCGUGGCUUCAUGAGGAAUUCUUAUCAGCCUUCCUGAAUGGACUUCCGAGGAUUUUACUGAGUAGCUAGCUAGCUAGCCUAGAUAAUUCAUAAAUAAAGACACGACAUAUUAGCCUACUUCAGUUGGACUAUAACCCGUCCUGCUUGGACUGUCGAUUCGUGUAAAACUGGAACAUUACUUAGGUUAACGACAGUCAGAAGGCGUCAUUUUUUCUAAAUUUCUUUUCUCUAAAGGACAUUCUGUCAGCUAGCCAAUUAAUGCGAAAUUUAGCCGGAAGUUUCUCAGAAGAGUUGAGAUGGCUGAAAACUGGAAAAAUUGCUUCGAGGAGGAGCUCAUUUGCCCCAUAUGUUUGCACGUAUUUACUGAACCCAUACAGCUGCCUUGCAAACACAACUUUUGCCGUGGAUGUAUCAGCGAGGCCUGGUCGAAAGAUACGGGUAUGGUGCGUUGCCCGGAGUGCAACCACGCCUACAACCAGAAACCAAGCUUGGAAAAGAAUCAUAAAUUAUCAAACAUCGUAGAAAAAUUUAACGCACUGAAUGUGGACAAACCACCUGCAAUAUUACAAUGUAUCCUCUGUCGGCGAGGGCCACCGCUCCCGGCGCAGAAAGUUUGUCUCCGCUGCAAUGCACCAUGCUGCCAGUCCCACGUUCAGACACACCUUCAGCAACCUUCCUCCAAUCCGGGUCACUUGCUAGUCGAGGCCGAGGAUGUACGGGCCUGGAGUUGUUCUCAGCACGAUGAAUACAGACUGUAUCAUUGUGAAGCGGAGCAAGUGGCCGUCUGCCAGUACUGCUGCUUCUCCAGAUGCGCUGCCAUCAACGGCCAUGACGUUUGCGACGUGGAGGUCCGGCGCAACGACAUCAGACAAAUUCUGAUGAAGCAGCAGGACCAGAUAGAGGAGAGAGUGCAGGACAUCGAGGAGCAGCUAUACAAGCUGGAGUCAGACAAGUGUCUUGUUGAGGACAAGGUGCAGCAGCUGAAGGAGGAGGUGCGGGUGCAGUACCAGAAGGUCCACCAGCUCCUGGAGGAGGACCUGGGGCGGACGCUGGAGGUUCUGGACAAGGCCCGGUCCAAAUUCUGCCAGGAGAACUCGGCCCAGGCCCGGCAGCUGAACGAGCGGCGUCAGGAGGCCAAGAAGCUCCUGAGCUCCGUCCAGGUGGUGUUCGACAAGGCCGAGGACAUCAACUUCAUGAAGAACACAAAAUCUGUGAAGAUAUUAAUGGACAGGUCACAGUCGUGCGUCGGUAGCGCCCUUCCUCCUCACAAAGUGGGUCACCUCAACUCCAAACUCUUCCUGUCUGAGAUCUCCAAGAGAGAAAAGAACCUGCGGAAAAUGGUGGAAGCUCCGUUCAGCGCCCCGGCCCAGUUCCUCCAGAGCGUUCCGGCGUACUCCUGCAGCCUGGGGGGAUCGGGGGCGGAGAAGCGCAAGCACUCGACCGCCUUCCCCGAGGGCGGGGCCGCCGGCUUCCUGGAGCCAUCCUCAGGGGCCGGGGCCAAGCAGCAGUACCUGGGCCAGGGCGCGGCUCCGGGCGAGGGCCAGUCCUCCCAGCCCGUGGGGCCCUGCGGCUCGGCCCAGCACAUGGUGGGCUCCCAGGCGGGGCCGCACCCGGGGCCCGUCUUCCCCCCGCCCUCGCACUACCCCAACGGCGCCUCCUCACAGCAGACGGUGCUGCCCCAAUACGGCGGCCGCAAGAUCCUCAUGUGCACCGUGGACAACUGCUACUGCUCCGGGGUCCCCUCCGUGUCCAACCACCGGGGCCACCCGCCCUACCCGCGCUCGGGCUCCUUCCCCUGGACGGUGAGCUCCCAGGAGUACUCUCACCCGCUGCCCUCGGCCCCCUCCAUGCCCCAGUCGCUCCAGGGCCUCUCCAUGCGGGACUGGAUGGACUCACAACCGCACAGGCACCCCGACUUCUACGGCCUCUACGGCCAAUCUUCCACCAAGCACUACGUCACCAGUUAACCUUCCGGAGUUCCGCGCCUCGCCGGGAAGGGGGAUUUAUUGGGUUUUUCCUUUUUUGUGUUUUUGUUUUGUUUUGUUUCGGAAGUGGGUUUGGAGUUAUGCUGAAAGAAGGGGCACAUUCUCACGUCACGUACACACACGCAGGGUAGGAACGCCGGCCAAAUGCUGGUCAUUUUUACCUGUGGCUGGUGAGUUUGUCUGCUCUACCAGCCUCUUUGGCAGGUAACCACUAGUCAGUCCCCACAGGAUUCUGAAUUUUCUUUCUGAUUGUUCUUGUGAAAUGACUGAGUUUGUGGCGGUAUUGUCCAGAUUUUUGUGCCAAAAUGUGCAUUUUUUUCUUUUUCUUCUUUUAAUUUAUCACCAUUUUUACAGAAAUUUCAUAUUCGCUAAAUUUAUAUUCACAAAAUUCAAAUAGCAAUACAUGAUAAAAACAGGCAAUUUGCAUGGAGUAGCCUAAACUUGGUCAUUUUUGUGUCUCAAUAGGCUAGGCAUUAAAUAUUUCUACACAAAAUAUGAACUUCCUUUGAACUUGGACUUCACUUAGACGCAGCAAAUUUUGUAGCUAUGCUAUUUAUUAGAUGCUUUAAUCCAUUUACAAAUAGAUAUGAAAUACUUUUGAUUAACACUGAAAUUCAUGAAGCACAGCUGAGUCUGUCCUUAACCCUUUAACCCAAAUUAUUUACAAUAUUUUUCAUCAUUCUAAUAUUAAUAGAGAGCAAGCAAGCCCACUAGUUAUAAUAAAUAGUUCAAUAUUGCACACGAUUGAGAUUCAAUAGGCAGGUUAACAAAUGGACAGUGCACAUGUGAUUUGCGAUUUUACAUUGCUUUUUUCCUCAUUUUAUGUGAGAUGUAUAUGGAAAAAUGACAAAUUAAUUUUCUGAUUGGCAAAAAACUGGAGGGACUGUCUAGUUGUCUGGCAAAAUGGUAAAAUUGACUGGGUGAAUUUUGGAAUGCACCAUCCACUGCAGCCAGUGGCCUAAAAAGUUAGUUUCCUGCAAUGCAUACACACAAACACAUAUUAACACGCACCCACACACACACAGGGUUGUCAGUAUAACGUGUGGACGUUUAUGUUUGUGUGUAUAUAUUUGUGUGUGUGUGUGUGUGUGUGUGUGUCUGUCUGUCUUUAUGAGUGAGGUCAAUCCCUCUCUUUGGGUUUCCCUCCCAGUUCUUCCAUCACUUACCUUCUUAACGACCCCCACUCCGCACACCACACCCCCAAUUUUUAGUUUUUUUAAAAAGGGAAGGCGUUUUUUAAUCCUGGCUCUUUUCAUUAUUUUAAAAUGAAACUUAAGAGACAGAGGUUUUCUGGAACUGCUGCAGAUUCUGUGGACCCACAGAAGGUCGUUUCAUUUGGGGAAACUGGGGUUUGUUUCAUUUCCCUCCUCACCCUCCCUGCCCCCUUUUCCGCGGGAUGGCGAGUGGGGGUGGUCGGCCUUUGUUUAAACCAAGCGGAUUUUUUUCUCUUCCUCCCCCGAGUUGAGACGGUUUUAAGAUUCGGGAUCACGCAGUGUCUGGCACGUCACAAGUCUGGAUCCGGAGAUUUUUAUUAUUAUUUUUCAUUUUAAAAGUUGUGGGUUCUUCAUCUUCUCUGAGAUAUGUUUAGGGAAGUUGUUGCUUGAAAACAUCCCUGCAGGGGUUUUCUUCUUCUUUUUUUUUGGCCACAGGCAUCCUCCUGUUGGUGGGUGGUCUGGCUCAAUGCAGUCCGGGAGUUGGCCUUUCCAGACUUCAGUCAGUUAACCAACGUGGCCCCACCCAGCAGGACAGAAUCUGCCAGUAGCCCAAGAGAAAACGCUGCUGGUUUCUUGUGGAGGGGGGUUUCUGAAGCCAUUUUGUUUUAUUUUGCUAUGAUUGUGAAGAUGGGGAGGGGGCCUCUUUUUUUGUUUUAUUUUGCAAAGUAAAUGCCGUGAAGAGAAUCCUAACACUGUGGAUUGAAAAUCUUCAAAGGUUUAUGAUUUCUCACGAAGGCUCCCAACUUUAAAGGAAAGUCUGGAUCGUGGUUUGAGCAGUCUGCAUUGAAUGCACAGAACCUCCUCAUGGACAACAGACAGAAUAAUAAUAAGAAAACUGCUUCAGCAUCUGAGAUGGAUGCUUUCAUUGUACUUCCUGCAGAUUGAUGUCACUUCCUGCACCAAGCACAUGAGCUCUCAACUUCCUGUUUGUAGCUGUAAGCAUGUGGGAAAGAGUUUAUGAGCACUCAAAACUGCAAGCGGUUAAAAUGGGGGUGUAUGUAAGGGUGGGGUUGGGGGGGAUGGUGGAUGUUGGGAAUGGGUGAAGCUUUUUCAUUCAUUUUAUAUGAAAAAUAGACUUGGACUGCUACAACUUGUGUUAAAAAUGGUCAAUGUGCUUAAAAAAGCAAGUAUUAAAAAAGCUGGUUGACAAAAAAUGUAUACAAGAUCUUUUUGUAAAUAUUUUGUGAAACAAAAUUUAAGGACAUGUAAUUUGGGAAAAUAAGAAAAAAAUGUUCCAAAUAAAUUGUGGUUUCAAAUAAAUGGUAAAAUAAU